AACAAACACAUUUUUGUCUGAACUUCUAUUACAACUUGUAAGGUGGCAAAUAGUUUAUUUGAUAAUAAAUAACUAAAUGACAAUAUUAUGAAUUUUUUUAUUUAAAAUAAUCAACAAAAUUAGUUAAUUAGGAAUAUUUCUACCUAACAUGUACCUCCAAGUCCUCAACCUAUCCUACCGUGUGACUUGGAUGCCCACUCAACAUGGUUAAUUAAUAAUUAGGAACAUUUCCCCAUUAUCUUUAAAAAAUUAUAAAGUAUUUCUCCAAGAAAUAAAAAAUGAAACUUCUCGUUUUUUUUUGUUUUGGUUUUUUUUUUUUUGACGAAAAGUAGGGGCAACUCAUCCAUCAACGCAGUCAACAAAAUGGUUAGAAUAUAGACUGCCGCGCCAUCCAAUAUAUGCCCAAGUUUUAAGCCACACUUCACAUCCGAUAUCCAUAACCCUCAAAGUAUGAAGAAAGCAGCUGGUGGUCAAGCAUCCGCCUCCUUGAAGGAGCCGUCUUCUCCUUCUCCUUCCGAUCCCAAGCAGCAGCAGUUUCUUCCAGUUGGAGAGUACGAAGUGUUCUUAAGUUUCAGAGGUCCAGACAUUCGCGAUUCCUUUGCCGAUUGCGUCUACAGAGGUCUGAUUCGUUCCAAGAUCCGCACUUUCAGAGACGAACAAGACUUACCAAAGGGGGAAAAGAUGGAACAUUUUCUCCUCCGAGCUAUCGUCGAGACAAAGAUUUACGUCCCCAUCAUCUCCCCCACGUACGUUGACAGCAGAUGGUGCCUCCAGGAGCUUGCCAAGAUGGUGGAGUGUUGGAAGCAAGGGAAGGGACACGUCAUCCUUCCGAUCUUCUACUUUGUUGCUCCCAGUGAAGUGAAGAAACAGGAAAGCGCCGGUUUCAAAUCGGCGUUUGAAUUGUACGGCGAGAAAUUUGACGCUGCGACCAUCGGGGAAUGGAAAGAAGCUCUCAAAGAAGUCGGGGAAAUGAAAGGUUGGCACGUGACAGAACUUGUUGGACAGGGGACUGUGAUAAACGAGGUUUUCGUACAAAUUGAAUGCCAUCUAAGGAACAGUUACAAGUUGGCCACAGAUGAGUUGGUUGGAAUUAAUUCCCACGUAGAAAACAUGAAGAAACUGUUGAAUCAUGCUGAUUCUAAUACUCAGAAAAUUGUGGGUAUUCAUGGUAUGAGCGGUACUGGUAAAACAACUAUAGCUAAGGCCGUCUACAAUGAAGUUUGUGUACAAUUUGACCAAUCAUGCUUUCUGGAGGAUGUACGAAGAAUUUUAUCAUCGGAGAAUGGUGGUGAUGUUACUCUGCAAACUAAUAUUAUUUCAAGUAUUCUGAAGGUUGAUUCUCAAGUUAGAAAUGUCGGGGAAGGAAUCAACAUCAUAAGAGACAGAGUUUGCCGACACAAAGUUCUUAUUGUUCUUGAUGACGUGGACGAAAGAUUCGACUUCGAUCGAGUUUUCGGUAGAUUAGACUACUUUUCUACAGAAAGUAGAUUUAUUAUCACUACGACGGACAAAAGGGUUUUGAUCAAGUUUGAUCAUAAGUUGUACGAACCAGAAGAAAUGAGUCACGAGUACUCCCUUGUGCUUUUCAGCAAGCAUGCUUUUGGGGCUGAUCAUCCUCCAGCGGAGUUCCUCGAUACGUCCGAGAAGUUCGUUGAAGCCGCAUCAAGAUUACCCAUAGCUCUUAAGGUCAUAGGAUCACUUUUGUUUCGUAGAGACAUGAAAUUUUGGGAUGCAAAGCUGACGGAAUUAAGGAGCAUGCAUCCUACCAAGGUGCAAGAGAGAUUGAGGAUCAACUACAACGAAUUGACGUACUACGAAAAACAAAUAUUUCUUGACAUCGCUUGUUUCUUCGUCGGGGAGGAUAAGGAAAUACCUUUUUACAUGUGGGACGGCUCUGGUUAUAACCCUGAAGGUGGGAUUGAUUCUCUUUUGAUGAAGUCCCUGAUUAAAAUCAACGAAAGGAAUCAAUUUUGGAUGCAUGAUCACUUUAGACGACUAGGCGAACACAUUGUUCAAGAAGAUUAUCCACAACAACCUUUCAAGCGUAGCAGAAUUUGGUCCAACGAAGAUGCUUUGGAGAUUUUAAGAAGUGGUGGUAAGGGGAGUAAUUAUUAUCGAGUAGAAGCUUUAAGAAUUGACAUGAGACAUAUGAUCGAAGACCAGGAUGGCGUCGUACCAUUAAUGAAGAAGCUGCCAGGGUUAAGAUACCUUGAAGUUGCCUAUGGAAGGCUGGUCGGAGAUCUCAAAGAGGCUCUUCCGAAGCUACGAUGCCUUCGACUGCGCCAUUGCAGCUCCGUUCCGGCCAGUUUCAGCAUGGAGGAAUUGACAGUUCUCGAGCUACGUGGUUCCGCAGUGAAAGAUGAUUGGCAAGGCUGGAACAGACUACUACUUAAGGGAGCACGCCAGUUGAAAGUUGUGGAUCUCUCAUCGUGUCGUGACUUGGAAACACCUCCAGAUUUGUCUCGAUGUCCAAGUAUGCAAGUGCUCAAUCUCUCCCACUGUUCAGCAAUGAAAGGAAAACUCCCCAUUAGCAAACUCACCGAGCUAAGGCAGCUCAACAUCUCCCGAACCAAGAUAUCAGAGCUAAGUGGUGGCGACAAUCUUACUACCAAACUUCAGAAGCUCCAAACGAUCAAUGCGCUGGAUUCAGCUCUGACAAGCUUGCCGACCGAUUUACAACACUUGAACUCACUCAAGACCUUAGAAUGGACAACCAAUUCAAGAAAUGCUAUUAACGUGGAUUACAAUAAACUACUUUUUCUGCCGGCGGGUUUGACCCGCCUGACUCUCUCACGCACCGUAGUAGCCAACCUUUCCGAUCUCGAGGAUUUGGAAGAGCUACGAUUUGAGCAUUGUCCUCGUGAGAACUCGAUUCUCGAGGAUAUAGCGCGACUGCUCAAGUUGAAGAUCCUAAUGCUGCGGUUCUCUGAUGACAACCAUGGUUCAAACUGGGACGACCGGAGAGCCAACACGUUGCUGGCUCUUCCGCCGUCCCUGACCCGCCUCCAUGUACGCCACUACAUGCAUCGGGAGAAUUAUUUCCCGAGUCUCGUGGGAUUGACCCGGUUGACCGAGUUGUAUCUGAUACAAGUCGGUUUCCUGGAGAUCCCGAGUUUGAACCAGCUUGUUGCGUUGGAGACUUUGAGGAUUUUCGAGGCGCCAAAUCUAGUGAAUUUGGACGGGCUCGAGGGGCUGGAGCACUUGAUGUACCUAACUGUUGAGAAUUGUGGUGCCCUGAAGACGAUUCCCAGUCUUCGGGCUAGUUCGACCAAAUUGCAGAAACUAGUGAUCCGCAGGUGCCCUCGACUGACUGAGAUUCAAGAAUUCGUUAAGUUGAAACGGUCUUUACCAAGUCAGCUCAUACGCAUACGGGAGUGUCCUAGUCUCGUGAUUGUUGACGAGGAGGGAUCUUCUUUAGGCCAAGACAGUGCAAGGACAAGUUUCAUUAGUACAGCUGGUUGAGGCGAAAACAUUAUAUAUAGAUCGACCAAACAGCUUUUUCCCAUUGAAAUUAGCAAAUAAUCAAUCGUAUUAUUAAUUAUUAGGCUUUGUAUCAUUUGCUUUUGCUACAAGUGUUGAAGAUGAUGUGUGUGAAGUAGCCGUUGGAACAAAGUUCAGUUUGGUCCUCAUGUUUCUGUUUUGGUUUAAUUAAGUCAGUCGUCAAGAUAGGAGUCAGGUUAAAAGUUGUUAGCUGGUUUUCAGCAAGUAGUUGGAUAGCUAAUCAUGGUCUCUGAUGUUUAGGGAUCUAUGAUCAGUUUGUUAGAGUCUCUGAUUGUAUGUAAGCAUUCAUUGAGAAUCAAUAAAGUUUGUCAGU